CAUGGAGAUGACACAGGCUUAAAUAGCAGUGGACCGUGUUAAAUGUGAGCUCUUCAGCUGCUGUACACUGUGUGAUUUGCGUUGGACUUUCUGUAUUUGAUGUGGAGUAUCUUGUGUUGUUGCUUUGUCCAGGUACUGAUGUAUUACCAGUCCAGGUACUGAUGUGAUACCUGUCCAGGUAUUGAUGUAUUACCUGUGCAGGUACUGAUGUGAUAGCUGUCAAGGUAUUGAUGUAUUACCUCUGAUAUUCAGAUACCUGACCAGGUGUGUGAUAAGCUGUGUAGAGAGACUGGCUCUUGCCGAGGAUUAUUUUGAAACGAUAUUUAACCACUGUUUGACAGAUUACACAUGGUUAGAUGUGGAAACAUUCUGUCAGCCUCCAUAAACAACUGAAGGAAGACUUGAUUGAACUGAAGAUGUUGAAUGUGGAACUGAAAUGUGCUUUUUGUUAAAACUUAAUUUGUGAGAGAUAAACUUCAACUGAAAAAGUAAACAAAACAGGAAUGGCGGCCACAGUGAAAGUAACGUCUUCACAACCUGGAAGACCAACUGUGGUUAGUUAAACUGAAUAUUAGAUCGAGUUGGAACCUAUAAUGGAUGUAUUGUAUCGAAGUGUCAGAGAAAUUGGAAAUGCAAGAGGAAUUCCUAAAGAGGUAGGAAUGGACACGACCGCCCAGGAGUACUGUAAUGGGAAGACCCUGUGGUGUGACAAGGGGCACUGCUGCGGCAAGGGGAAGUGCUGUGCCUACUACUAUGAGCUUUGGUGGUUUUGGUUGAUAUGGGCAUUAAUAAUCCUCCUGAGCUGCUGUUGUCUAUAUCAACAAAAGCGAUUUCGUCGCCGUCAGUCUCCCUCUCGACGGGGGAAUCGAGGGAGACCACGAAACAGAUCAAGGAUUGCACAGGCACUAGAUGCUGCUUUCAUAACACCUAUUUUUGAUCCAGAUCGGGUGAGGCUACCAACAUAUGAUGAGGCGAAAGAGAUGCCUAAAGAUCCCCCACCUUAUAACUCUCUGUAUGAAACAAGACUGCCAGAGACAUCUGUUGGUGGACAACAAACUUCCCAUAAUCCAUCACAGUCACUACCUGUCUUGAGAACUAUUAAUGAUGCGCCACAAGCAAGCCUAAUUGAUAACGAAGAAGAGGCAGCUGUGUCAGUUGACAUCGACCAGUGGAGGGAGCCCCCACCUCCCUACACCACCCAGGCCACACCUGCACAGUCCGUCCACAUCCCCAUCCCAUCCUCAUUGCCCCUCCCUAACCCAAUCUCCCCCCAGCACCACCCCUCCCUCCCUGUCACAUGUCCCCAGCCCACAAACACCCCAUAGUCCUGCAGCUACUUCACAACCUGUUACCCCCAGUCCAGGUGGUAGUGCCACGCCCACAUCUUCAGCACCCCACGCCAUAAGAACUGUUCCCACCCAAACAUCCUUAGUUACAACCCCAACAAAUAGUUUCCCCUCCCCCACAACUUCUGUCCCCACCCCUACAUCUUCUCCAUCAACAAACUCGUUUACCCCCUCUUCUGCCACCCCCAUACAGCCUACCCCCACCCCCAUGUGCUCCACCCCUCCUGAAUCUGCUCAAUCUUGACACUGCCCAUGUGACGAAGCUGUUUAUGUUUCUAUUGGAAACAACAGCAUACAAUGUCUGGUGCUUCUGAGGACUUCUCAGUUGACAAACUCUAUGCAUAUCUUAAGUGUACAACAGUGUGUUGUUUACUAGUCCCCUGCUGCUUGAGUCAGUGAGGGACAGAAGCAUAGAAAGGUGUGCAAAACGGGAUUUUUUAUCCAAACCAGAUAGCAUUAAGUUAAUGGAACUGUAUGCCAUGAAAAAAACAUUGCCAUCGAAUCUGUGAUACAAACCUACUUGCCUUAUGUUGUGUAAGGGAGAUAACUGCAGUUACUCCAGCAUCAUGGCUUCCUGUGUAUAGCUGGCGAGAUAACGAGAUACAUGUGAAAAUAGAAACUUUUGUAUCAUUAUUUAGUCUUGAAAGAAUAAUCUAGAUAGUAUCAUAUGUUGUGAGUCAACCUUGAUUGUUAGAUAUUUUGAUACAAAGCAUGUGGACAGAUUUCUAAUCAGAAUUUAUAUCAUACCUAAGAGUUUUGACUGAAAGAAUAUUUCUGCUGGAAUAUGUAAUAUUUUGAACAAGAGUGACAGUCGACCAUUUUCGUUUAACUGAAAUGAUAUGCAAAAUGCCAUAAUCUAAAGAAAAUCAAAAGAAUUUACUCAACAAGUGUUUGCUUAAAAGCUAUGUUCCAUAAGAAUGAAUAUUUUAAUAAUAACUGAAUGAUAAACUAUAUGAGUACAUGUACAUGAGUAUUUAGGGAAGUAGUAUACUGUAGGUUGUCAGGUAUGGCUGUCAGUGGACAUGCUGUGUGUAUAAUGGUGGAUAUAUACCUUUGAUCUCUCUGUGAACCCAGACUAUAAUAUUUCCCAAGUGCCUUACUGCUUGAUCUUUUUUCUAUCAAUCUUUUUUAUUGAGUGUUUUCUUAAGUGCUCACAAAUCAAAUUUAUAAAUUUAUAAAAUAUAUGUGUUGUGUGUAACAAACUGUUGGUAAUAAGUGUUGUUUUUUCAUGUUUGUUAUUGUUUAAUUGUAUCUCGUUCAGGAAGUGCUGCUUCAAGCUUGGAUAUAUACAGUGUAUUAGCCCUAGCAACCAGGGAGGUCACUUAGUGACAACUUAGGAUUCACCUAGCAACCAGAAUGUUUAGUUACCUCAGAUGUACUUAGAAACAGGUUUUGCUCAGCAACUGGUAUCCUCUAAACUGCCCCAAUUUCACUUAGCAACCCCUGAUUCACAUAAUAACCUAACAUUUCAUAGAAACACAAAUUUAUCUUAGCCUUCUAAGAUGUAAGCAGUCACAUACUGUCUGUGUAAGCCUUAUAGCUGGAAUAUUGCUGAGUGUGGCAUAAAACUAAACUCACUCACUCACUCUGUGUAAGCUGUGUUUAGCAACAAUAUUUAUGUGUCCACUUUGUUUUGAAACUUGGUGCCUGAAAGUUUGUGGUUACCAGUUGAUAUUUGAUGCUAUCAAUGCUAGUGCUACUGGCACAGAAUGUGUAUCUGUUAUGGUUUGUUUGGCUUUCUUAUGGAAAUAUGACACUGUCUGUUUAUUAUGUAUGGUCCUUCUUGUAGAAUUUCUGCAAAGAUUCAUAUAUAAACUCUUUAC